GUCAAGAUGGCCGCGCCCGGCCGCGAUACCCAGGGGCGCCGCCAUGGCAGCCGCGGGACCCGCUGAAGCCGCCCUUCCAGCCGCCGCCAUGUCGGCCUCCGCCUGCGAGUGGAUCCUCACAAAGCGGGAGAGCGUGGGCCGGAGGAGGAGUGCAGGGAAAGCCGAAGAGGCCGGGUGUCCUGCGGAGAUGGCUGUGUCCGAGCCGGCGGGCAGCGCCGCGGGAUCGGUAACAUUCAAAGAUGUGACUAUGGCCUUUACCCAGAAGGAAUGGGAGCGACUAGAUCCUGCUCAGAGGGACCUGUAUAAGGAUGUGAUGCUGGAGAACUAUAGCAACCUUGCCUCAAUGGGGUUUCAAGCUCCCAAACCAGACAUGAUCUCCAAGUUGGAAAAAGGAGAAGAGCCGUGGUUGGGGAAGGGCAAAAGACCCAGACAAGGUGGUCCCAGUGAAAUAGGAAGACCCAAGCAAACAGGAACCAAUGGAAAUGAAGUCCAGCAAGGUAAUGACCAGCUAGAGAACCACCAGGAAUCUCAAAACAAACUCUGUAAGGAAGUUUCAUUCAAGAGAAAAGGUCUGACUAAGAAGAAAGGCCGUGAAUGUAGUUCACUGGGGGAAAAAAGUGUGAGUACAAAACAUGUUUCUUCAAAAAAAAGGCUUAAAUAUGAUUCACAUGGAAAGAGUUUGAAACAGAAUUUAGAUUUACCUGGUCAUAUAAGAAACUAUGCAAAAAAGAAACCUAAUGUAGCUAAAGAGCACAAGAAAUCAUUCAGCCAUAGCUUACCUGAUACAAAGAAAGACAAAAAUCAAGCUGGAAAGAAACAAAAAUUAUCCAACCAUAGCUUAUCUAAUAAGCAUGACAAAACUCAAACUGGCAAGAAACAUGAGAAAUUAGCUCAUCAUAGCUUAUCCGAUACUAAACGGGACAAAAUUCAAACUGGAGAGAAACAUGAGAAAUCAUCCAGCCAUAGCUCAUCUCCUACUAAGUGUGACAAAACUCAAGCUAAAGCAAAACCCUACAAAUGUAAUCAAUGUGGGAAGGUUCUCAGCCAUAAACAAGGACUCAUUGACCAUCAGAGAAUUCAUACUGGAGAGAAACCAUAUGAAUGUAAUGAAUGUGGGAUAGCCUUUAGCCAAAAGUCACACCUCGUUGUACAUCAAAGAACUCACACUGGAGAAAAACCAUAUGAAUGUAUUCAGUGUGGCAAAGCCCACAGUCAUAAACAUGCCCUCACUGACCAUUUGAGAGUUCAUACCGGGGAAAAACCCUAUAAAUGUACUGAAUGUGGGAAAACCUUUAGACACAGCUCAAACCUUAUUCAACAUGUGAGAUCUCAUACAGGUGAGAAGCCCUAUGAAUGUAAGGAAUGUGGAAAAUCCUUUAGGUAUAACUCAUCUCUUACUGAGCAUGUGAGAACUCAUACGGGUGAAAUACCAUAUGAAUGUAAUGAAUGUGGAAAGGCUUUUAAGUACAGCUCAUCUCUUACUAAACAUAUGAGAAUUCAUACGGGUGAGAAACCCUUUGAAUGUAAUGAAUGUGGGAAAGCUUUCAGCAAGAAGUCACACCUCAUUAUACAUCAAAGAACUCAUACUAAGGAGAAGCCCUAUAAAUGUAAUGAAUGUGGAAAAGCAUUUGGACAUAGCUCUUCUCUUACUUACCACAUGAGAACUCAUACAGGUGAAAGUCCUUUUGAAUGUAGUCAAUGUGGGAAGGCCUUCAAACAGAUUGAAGGCCUUACUCAACAUCAGAGAGUUCAUACUGGGGAGAAACCCUUUGAAUGUAAUGAAUGUGGGAAAGCUUUUAGCCAAAAGUCUCACCUCAUUGUACAUCAGAGAACUCAUACUGGGGAGAAACCUUUUGAAUGUAAUGAAUGUGGAAAGGCUUUCAAUGUGAAGUCACAGCUUGUUCUACAUCAGAGAUCCCACACUGGAGAGAAACCCUAUGAAUGUAAUGAAUGUGGAAAAGCUUUCAAACAAAAUGCAUCCCUUACCAAACAUGUGAAAACUCAUUCCGAAGAAAAAUCUCAUGAGUGAAAUAAAUGUGGGAAAUCAAACGAAAUGCAUCCCUUACCAAACAUGUGAAAACUCAUUCCGAAGAAAAAUCUCAUGAGUGAAAUAAAUGUGGGAAAUCAAACGAAAUGCAUCCCUUACCAAACAUGUGAAAACUCAUUCAGAAGAAAAUCUCAUGAGUAAAAUAAAUGUGGGAAAUCUUUUAAUUCAAACUAAAGGUUUUAUUUAACCUUAGUAGGAUUCUGAAUUUUAAGGAUGUUAGAAAGCCUUUAAUAAGAAGUCACACCUAAUUACACAUGAGAGAAUUUGAAAGUGACUCUUAUGUAGAAGCAAUGGAUGAUACCAACCUUUUAUAAAAAACAUUGUUUUAAAAAUAAUCAUGAAUUAUUUAUAUAUUCAGACCCAAAUAUAAAGCUUUAAAAAUCAUUAAUUAGCUGAAUAAUCAGAGCAAUAGAGAAUUUGCAUAUCUGUUAAUUUCCAUGUAUAAGUAUGUCUGGCCACUGGUAUGAGCCUCAUCUUUGAUAUUAUCACCUAACCCUUUUUUAAUGUCUUGUUAGCUUCUACAUCAGCUGGAAACUUUCUAAAAGUUAUUUAUGUAAAAAAUAGUAACACAAAUUAAGAAAAAAAUAAAAGAAAGUGGCUGAGGAUAGGGACAUCAUUCUCUACCAACACCAGUGUAUUGUUAAGUGAAAAAAGCAGGUUGCUGAACUGUGUGUAUAGUAUGUUCCCACUUAUGUACAAAAGGGGUGUUUACCUCUCCCUCUCUGUCUAUGUAUGUUUGUACAUAUGUAUGUAUACAUAUAUUUGUAUGUGAAUAGACUUGGUUUGAAAAAAUAUAGAAGAAGCUUUAUAGUGGUUGUCAUGAACAAAAGAGUACAGGAGUGGGGACUAGGAUGGGAGGGAGACCUCCUUUUUAUUAUAUGCUGUUGGAAUUUUUAAAUAAUGUACAUGGGUUAUUUUCACAAUUAAAAUCUUUUUAAUAUGCAUACAUCAACACUGAUUAAUAUUUUCACUGAGCUGAGUCCGUGGUGGUGUUUGUUGAAGUGUCUAUGCCUGUUAUCAAGGGUGAUGGAUCUGAGGAUAUGCUACUAAACUUGAUAUUGAAUUCACAAAGACUUUUCCUAUCCAACACUCAUCUUUUUAUUAAAAUAAUGAAUUGCAAUUAUAAUUUGGCACUGUGUUUCUUCUAUAUGCCAUAUUUUCUAAAAGAUAUGUUGUGAUUGCAGGUGAAUGAAAGUGAUUUUCUGAACAGUCACUCCUUUUUAUCACAUAUUCAGAGUACUUAUAUAUAAACCCCUCAAUCUGGGAUUUCAAAUGUGUUGCAACAAAUGCCACUGCGUCCUGCUCUUGUUCAAUGGCAGACAUUGUUAAUGGAUCACUGUACUUUUUCUGAGUGAACCUAGACUUGGCCUCAGAGUCACUCCUAAGCAUCUAUUCCAAAAGGCACUUUGAAUCAAUUUGGGUUUCCAGAUGAGAACUAUUUUCUACUGCAUACCUAUUUACUAUUAUUUCUUUUUACCUCAUAAGUCAGGGAUAAAAAAAAUACAACUGAAUUGUUUUUGAAUUGUUACACUAAAAACAGUGACAUAAGGACAAAAAAUUGGUUUUGUUAUGUAAGGUAAUAAUAUUUGGCAUGCAUGUCUCCUUUUACAUUUUCACAGUACAUUCACUACAUUACCACAUUUGUUCAUCAGAAUAAACAUAUGGGUCAAUAA